UUCUGGAGCAGAAAAGAUUUUAGAAAAAUGCCUUGUAUGGCAAUGUGUUGCUUUCAUUUAUCAACACGAUUGGCCAGUAUUAUUGUUGGGAUAGUAACAAUUUUGCAGAUUUUGAUUCCGCUUGUCUUGUUAGCCAGCGCUGGAGGAACUGAUUAUAUAAAAACUAUGGCUGCCCAAAUUAAGGACAACAUUGGAGAUUACGACCAUCAGGAUAUUUUCGUAUGCCUUGUAGAUCUUCUAUAUCUAAGCCCAGAAGAAUCCUAUCUGGUGUUUGUGGUUUUCCUAGGAGUGCAUAUUUUAUGUUGUGUUCUGGUUAUUGCUGGAGCAUUGAAGAUUCAGAAAUAUAUGUUACUACCGUUCAUAUUGGUAGACUUUAUAAGAUUAUGUAUUCUUACGUUGACUCAUAUCAUCGCCAUGUUGGUUAUAAAGAAGAUGAUUAAUCUAGGUGACCUCAUAGCACUAACGAUUACUGGUGGAUUCGGAUUACUAUUGCUGUUCUAUUCAUGGGCAUGCGUUGUGGCACUUUUCCAAAUAAUUGGCAUUGUGAAAUCGGAGAAAUAUCGAUCUCUUUACGGCAACGGUGUCAGUACUGAUGUUCAACGAGCUGUGGAUAUCCGAUAUCCGCACAAAGAAGGCAAAAUAGCCUUCGUUCAAUCUGCGAUAAAGGAUUCUGAACCAUUUUUUGGUUAUAACUCGAAGUUUUUAGAUAAAUAUUAUACAAAUGGCAGAUAGGAUCAACGAAAUCAAACACAGUUAUUUCGCGGAAGCACGUGUAUAUAAAAACUAUAAAGAAAUUUUGCACUUGAAAAAAGCAUUUCAAAAUAUUAUAUGAGGGGCUUAGUUACAGACAAACAAUUGCUGGAUAAAUACAAAAAAACACAACAUAUGUUGUGAUAACGAAUUUGAGUAAUAUUCGUUUGAAAAUGAAU